UCAAGGGUCAUUUGUAUUUGUAGUGUCCGGCAACACACCACACCGCGGCAGGUCACACCACACGCCAACACGCUCGCCAAGGAGACCCCCCAUCUGCCCAUGCAUCCAUCCAUCCAUCAGCUCAUGAUUGUCUCGUUCCACACACAUGAACAUGAAUGUGACGCCACCGCGCCACGACGCCAACGCAUCAACGAACCAACACUACUGACACGCGACAAGGCGACCGACUUCCCUCCCCCCUCCCACCUCAUACGCACCGACGACACCAACACAGACGCGCCCUCACAGGAAGACAAGACAUGCAGCCGAGCCACCGCCGCUUAGAACCGCCUAUCAACACUUACCAUUGCAACCGUGGAUGACUCCAAAAUUGACAGUCCUCCCCUCUCCCCGCCUCCACGUUAUGGACACACACACUUUGUCACGUGCACACACAGAGAUACCGACAGACACACGAGGGCAUGACGCCCCAUCACUCCCGACCACAGAGCAGCCAACUAGGAAAAACUGGCCAGCCAGGAGGGAGAGAGAGUGUGUCCAUACAGGCGUGCAGGUGGUAUCCGAUGCGGCUGCACUCUGCAGUUGGCGAGUGCGUGGGCAAAAACAGGUGGCGGAUGAAUGUGGGAGGUCGUCUGUGUGGACAGCCACAACACACGGCAUACACACACACACACACACACAGAGAGAGAGAGAGAGAGACAGAAUCGCCCGCAGCUCCCUCCCUCCCCUGUAGCCACAUUCAUCAAUCCAUCCAUCCACAAAGUAGCCAGCAAUAUACUACACGAGAAAUAGGGGAUAGCAGCCCACCCUGCCACCCGACACACACUCAGGCGGCAGGCAGACAGGCAGUAAGUCGUCGUCACUCGGGCGCAUGCACCACACCACAUGCACCGCCACUUACAGACAGAAAACACGUCAAUGCAUGUAGCCACGUAUGAGCGUUAGCAGGGCCCCGUCCGUUCUGUCUGCACCUUGAGCAGACAUCACAGCACACGACAAACAGAGGGCCCGCGCCCACACGUACACAUGACCCCACGCACCCACGCACCCAGGCACCCUCACACGCAAUCAAGCAGGCAAUAAGCAAGCAACAAACCUCCGGACACAAGCCUUGAAACGCACAGCUGGCCACAGCUCUGCCUACCUAUGUGCGGCGUGCCUGCCGCGCCGCCAUGGAUGCGGGCCAAGUGCCCAUACAGCUCGGCACACAUCUCAUCAACGGGGAAGCUCUCACCUCGCCGUGUCGAGGUCGGUGAAGAAGAGCCACCCCAGUCCCAGCCCCCGCCCGCACCUCCCUCUCCCUCCGGCAGAGUAGCCGUCCAGCCACCCCCACCAGCCACACGCCGGUCGAGCAAUCGCGGCCCCGUCACGGCGAUGGGAACGGGAGCCGACGAUGCCAUCGCCGCCUCGGCUGAGGCCGCUUUCCGCAAUUGUGGCAUGGUCGGCGGCUCGCAGCAGUGGAGGACAUUUGCGAUGCGGUGGCACAUGUCCCCCAGCAGCUGCCUGGCCUCGGCGUCCUCCAGAGCUUCGUCGAAGUGCCACCGGCGAUCCGUCGACGUGCCCGCCUUGAUGAAGUCUAGCGCCUGUCUGCAGACGCUCUUGAGCUGUGCUGUGUAGACCUUGCUGUUGGUCCUGGCAUCAGCGUCAGGGCUGCUCCUGGUGGGAGGGGGCCGGGCCGGGGGAGGGGGGAUUGGUACGCUUUGCGAUUGAAGGCAGCUUGACAUGCCCUCGACAUGGUUAGGUUGAUUGCCUGAUGGGGAGAGGAGGGGCUCGUGACGCCGCACAGUUGGCGGUCUGACCUGAAUGGGACAGACAGACAGACAAACACCCCAUUUGUAUGUAUUGGUUUCCUCCAUCAUUCUUGGUCGGUCCGCGUGUACUUUCUCUGUCUGUCUGUCUGUCUGUCUGUCCGUCUGUCUGUCUGUCUGUCUGUCUGUCCGUCCGUCCGUCCGUCUGUCACACACUUGGAAUGAGUGUUGGGUCUCGCCGUUCGGGUCGCCUUCGACGAGCUCCAGCCCAUUGAUGGGCGGUAGAGUGAUGCCUUGCCUUCGCAGGAACUUGCGGUACAUGAAGAAGCGGCACCCUGACAGACAUGGGCAUGGGCACCCAUCGGCACAGAAACGGAUGUGGUGUGUGCGUCUGUCGGCCCACCUUGCAGGGAUCGCCGCUCUGACGGGUGGUGGAUGUCGGGGCAGAAGGGGCGCUGACAGGUGCCGUGGGCGUGACUCAGACACGGUCUCGUCUUGUAGUACAGGGGAUGGUAAUCAUGCUCAGCUGACCACACACACACACACACACCAUCACUGCAGCUGUCCAGUCCCACCACACACACACGCUUUCUCACCUUGUGAAUGGGCAUACGGGCACUUGUCUCCUCUCUCGCAGCGUGACGCCGGAAGGUCCGGGCAGGGCAGAUGGACGUACCGCAGCGUGCCGGGGCAGGAUCUGCCGAAGCCGGGGCCUCUCCGCAACCUCUCUUCUUCUCCGUGUGAGUAGGUGCAUGACUCCCCGUAAGCACAGUGCCGCUGCAGAUGCGUCCGCCUCCUGGGGCAUGGUGUCGUGAAGAUGCUGAAACACAACAAACGAUAGAAUGACAGACGAUGCGGUGCUCAUCCCACAUAAGAAGAUCUGUGACUCGUGCGCACCUGAAGAGUUCUGCCUCUGAGAGGACGCGGUUCAUUCACUACGUCAUCAAAUGCGCUGUGGCCCCGCACUGAGACUUCGCUCCCAGCCC